UGUUCCCUUUGAAAUGAACAGCAAAGAAUGUUGUAUAGUCCAACAGUAGUAAGCAUCUGGACCCUCAAGAUAACUUCUCUUGUGAUUUGACGCUAUACAAAAAUAAAUUGAAUUGAAUUGAAUAGAAUAGUAAAGGAAGUAUAUCUAGAAAUUGCAAUUGCUGAAAGAAAAAGCCUCAAGUUAUCAGAAGCUGUCACCCCGCAAAUCCUGAACCUGCUGCAGCCAGCAUCAGCUGACUGAUCCGUCUCAGCGGGUUUAAAGAGAACAUCAGGAUAUUUCAAUCAUGGCCUCCCCGUGGUGUGGCAGCCUGAGUCCAGAGGGGAUUCUGAGAGAGAUCCAGAUCAACUUGCUGGAGUGUAAAGUCUGCUUCGUGAAGUUCAGCACUCAGCAGAGGGAGCAGAGACCACAAAACCUUUCCUGUGGACAUGUACUCUGUCUGGAAUGCAUCAGGGCUCUGUCCCACCCUCUCCUGAGGAAGCUGGAGUGCCCGUUCUGUCGACAGCUGUGCAGCGUUGACAGCACCUCCCACUGCCAGGCUCUUAGUGACCUGCAGGAGCUGCUGUUGUCUCGGAGUCCCACAUCCACUGCUCCUCCUCAGAGGGCCAAGGCGGGCCUUGGCUUGGCCGCAAAUGCUCUGCACCUCUGCACAGCUUUUGGAGGAUGGGGGACUCUCAUCAAUCCCACUGGGAUAGCCGUUUUGGGGUCUUCAGGGACAAUAGUGGUGGUGCAUGAUGGAGAGAAAAGGGUGGUGGUGUUCAAUCCGCAGGGCAGGAAGCUGCACAGUUUCGGGCAAAGAGGACAAGGCAGUCGGAAGAUCUGUUACCCAGUGGAUGUGGCGGUGACUCCCUGUGGUCACGUGGUGGUGACGGAUGCAGGGGAUAAAGCUGUGAAGGUUUUCACCUCCAGGGGGAACCACGUGUUGACGGUCAAAGAGCCCCUCCAGAUGCCCUGGGGUGUGGACACAGACAGCUGCGGGCACAUCCUGGUCUCAGACGUCCAAGCCGGCACGCUGUCCCAGGUCAAAGUGGACUAUACUCACGGUCUCGCUCUAGAGCAUCACACAGCCAUUUCAGACCUGCAGCAUCCAAAAGCGGUGGCCUGCUGCUGGGUGACUGGGAACACUGCAGUGAUGGAGCAUUUACCUGAUGACACAUGUCCACCAGGGAGGCAACAACGCUCGAGGCUGAGAGUGUUUACAGAAGACUUCCACCUCCUUUAUCAGACUGACAGUUUCAGCCUGACGCUGCAGUCCACAGUGAGGCUGAACAUGUCAGGUGUGGCCUUUGACAGAGAUGGAGAUGUGAUUUUGAUUGACUCCGAUCAGGGGAUGAUUUGGAGUUUGGGGAAGCUCCCGAAUAGCCCAGUCCUGACCCCACUUAUGGGAGACCUCAUCCGCCCAGUUGGACUGGUGUCACUGAACAACACACUCGUCAUUCUGGACAGUGGAGACCACACAGUGAAGAUUUAUUCUGCUAAAUCUGAUGGUGGGCCCAUCAUAUAGCUCACAUAUGAACAGGCCAGUUAGAGGAUGUGAAAUGUAGCUUAUUAUAUUAUGAAAUGAUGAUGUGACCUGGCAAUGCUAUUUAAGUAGAUAUUAAGUCAAGUUUUACAUUGAAAAUGAUUAAUGUGAUAUAAUAAAAAUUAAUGCUAUUAGCUACU